ACAUAAUAAUUCCACAUCCCCACCCCACCCGACCCGACCCAUUUCAAUCAUUAUCCCAUGCACCGCAAUAUUCUCUUUAUAAACAUUUCCUAACUCAUAAAAACACACACACUCGACACAAAAACACACACACACCAACCAAAAAAAUGUCGUCGAGUCUAGGCUACUACGGUGACACCGCCAUGAAGAAGAUCCCAGGCGGCGUUGGCGGUUACGAUGUUCCGAAUGGGGUGGACAUUAGGGGGAGAUACGAUGAGGAGUUUGCCAAGAUUCUAACGAAGGAUGCUUUGAUAUUUGUGGCUGAAUUGCAAAGAGAGUUUAGGAGUCAUGUUAAGUAUGCAAUGGAGUGUAGGAAAGAGGCUAAGAUGAGGUAUAAUUCGGGUGGGUUGCCGGGUUUUGAUCCGGCUACAAGGCAUGUGAGGGAAGGGGAUUGGGUGUGUGCCGAGGUGCCGCCGGCUGUGGCGGAUCGGAGAGUGGAGAUAACGGGUCCGGUGGAGAGGAAGAUGAUUAUUAAUGCUCUUAAUUCUGGUGCUAAGGUUUUCAUGGCUGAUUUUGAAGAUGCACUAUCACCAACAUGGGAGAACCUAAUGAGGGGACAAGUGAACUUGAAGGAUGCUGUUAAUGGGACAAUAAGCUUCCAAGACAAAGCUAGAAACAGGGUGUACAAGCUCAAUGAUCAGACUGCUAAGCUCUUUGUUCGGCCCAGAGGCUGGCAUCUACCCGAGUCCCACAUCUUCAUUGAUGGUGAACCCGCCAUCGGAUGCCUAGUUGAUUUUGGGCUCUACUUCCAUCACAAUCACGCCCCAUUCCGUAAGACACAAGGACAAGGAUACGGCCCGUUCUUCUACCUUCCUAAAAUGGAAAAUUCGAGGGAAGCGAGGAUAUGGAACAACGUGUUCGAACGAGCUGAGAAUAUGGCCGGGAUAGAGAAAGGUAGCAUCAGGGCCACGGUUCUGAUCGAGACGUUGCCAGCAGUGUUCCAGAUGGAUGAGAUUUUGUAUGAAUUAAGGGACCAUUCGGUUGGUUUGAACUGUGGACGAUGGGACUACAUAUUCAGCUACGUCAAGACGUUCCAGGCUCACCCUGACCGCCUUUUACCAGACCGGGUCCUGGUUGGCAUGGGCCAACAUUUCAUGAGAAGCUACUCUGAUCUUCUCAUCAGGACCUGCCACAGGCGCGGCGUGCACGCCAUGGGAGGAAUGGCUGCUCAGAUACCAAUUAGAGACGACCCAGCCGCAAACGAAGCCGCACUCGAGCUAGUAAAGAAAGACAAACUGCGAGAGGUACGGGCCGGGCAUGAUGGGACAUGGGCUGCACACCCGGGCCUGAUCCCGCCCAUCAUGGAAGUCUUCAACAACAACAUGGAUGACAAACCGAACCUAAUCAAAACCAUGAAGCGCGAAGAUGCUGCAAAUAUAACCGAAGAAGAUCUCUUGCAAAUUCCUAGAGGGGUUAGGACCAUGGAGGGUCUUAGGCUAAAUACACGGGUCGGGAUCCAGUACCUGGCCGCAUGGCUCACAGGUACUGGUUCCGUCCCGUUGUAUAACCUCAUGGAGGAUGCGGCCACGGCUGAAAUCAGCCGUGUCCAGAACUGGCAGUGGUUGAAAUACGGAGUCGAGUUGGAUGGCGAUGGGCUAGGCGUGCGAGUGAGCACAGAGCUCUUCGGAAAGGUGGUUGAAGAAGAAAUGGCGCGAAUCGAACGUGAGGUUGGUUCCGAAAGGUUCAAGAAGGGAAUGUACAAGGAAGCAUGCAAGAUCUUCACUCGUCAGUGUACAGCUCCUGUGCUUGAUGAUUUUCUGACUCUAAAUGCCUACAAUCAUAUCGUUGUUCAUCAUCCAAGAGGACCAUCAAAGCUCUAAAGAAAGAUUGAUCAAUGGCUUUCAUAAUAUGUUGAACAAUAUUGCGUUUGUUUUGGUUUUCGAAUGAUCUGCAUUUGCCUAUUUUUAGCUAAGUAAUCAAUGUUGUCAUGAUGUUUGUAAUAAUGCUUUAUGAAUGCAAUCUGUUUCUGCUUUGUUA